UCAGCACUGGAGCUGACCGUGGUGCUGAUCGCCACACGCACGCUCGCUCAAGAGCAACACUGGCACGCACGAGCAUCAGGACCUGAACACCUCCUGAACUUGACGCUCCCUCACAACCUUCAGUCUCGGAGGGAAGCCUGAAAGACUCGAGCAUGCAUCUGAAGUGAGACGGAAGCAUUUUGGAAGUCGAAGAAUAGUCAGUAUUAAACCUGAUGCUGUCAUGGACGUUCCGGCACAUGUUUUAAUAGGAUUUGCGAACAUGAUGUCCAUCAUGAGAUUUUUACUGUAUUUCAUUUAAGAUGUGUUUAUUUGGAUGAAUUUAUAUUCAGAAUGUUGCUAUAAACAAACCCGUUUAGAAGCAAAAGAAGAUAACUAAAUCUAUUUGGAUUCUUGGACAUUUAAAGUGGAAAUAUGGCUCGCGUUCUUGUCCUUGUUAACUCAGUCGGACUGUUGCUCUUCGGUAGUGAAAUGUUUCUGGUGGGAGCAAACCGUCCACCUGCUCCAGUUAAUGUAUCAGUUAUGCACCUGAGAGCUGAUUCAGCAACCGUGUCCUGGGAGGUGCCUGAGGGUGACAUCAUCAUCGGCUUUUCCAUCUCUCAACAGAGAAUGGAUGGCAAAAUGCAGAGGUUUAUCAGGGAGGUGAAUACCACUAGCAGAUCCUGUGUGCUGUGGGACCUGGAGGAGGAGACGGAUUACAUCAUCCAGGUGCAGUCCAUCGGCCUGUACGGAGAGAGUAAGGCCAGCAAUCGUAUCCACUUCAGAACCCUGAAGAAAACGGACCGCUUUCCCUCAAACAGUUCAAACCAAGAUGACCCGACUGUCCAAGGCCUGGAUAAAGCUCUAAACUUGCAGACAGGAGAGAUGAUCAUCAUUGUGGUGGUGCUUCUUAUGUGGGCAGCUGUAAUUGCCUUGUUUUGCCGGCAGUAUGACAUAAUAAAGGACAACGAUUCCAGCAACAGCAAAGAGAAGGUAAAACCAUCCUCAGAGAGAACCACACCAGAGCACCACAGCGGAGGUCUACUGCGGAGCAAGUUCCACCAGUCUGUGUCAUCUAUCAGCAUCAUUGAGGUGUGAUGGGAGUGUUGGGGACCUCAGUCACGCUCUCCGUCGCACCACCCGCAGUAUCUGAAUGACAGUUUGUCGACCCUUUCAUAAACACACGGUCAAAAAUCCAUAAGCUACACCGCAGAAUUGGCCCACCCAUAAACACAUAUUAAAGCAAUCUAUUGGGAUUGUAAAUAACAUAUAUUGUUUAUAUGACUGGAUGUCUAUAUUUUACGAUGGAUGGAGGAUUCCCAAAACUCCUACUGCAAUAUAACAAGACUAAUUCUGGGAUUUUUUUCUCUUGUAUAGGAAGGAAAUUGUAUUUUUGUAAUGGCAUUGGUGAAGUAUGACAGGGUUUCUACAAAUUAUUUAGCUUGUGUUUUGUUUAUGCAUGCAACUUUCAUGAUCUGAUAGGAUGUGUACAGAAGCAGGUCUUUAAAUUAAAGAAAUAAUUCACCCAAAAAUUAACCCAAGGUCUUGUAAGAUGCAGAUGAGUUGGUUUCUCCGUCAGAACAAAUUUGAAAAAACAAAACAAAUCAACAUUACAUCUCUUGCUCAACAAUGGAUCCUAUGCAGUGAAUGGGUGCCAUCAGAAUGAGUCCAAACAGCUGAAAAAGCAUCACAAUAAUCUGCAAGUAACUCCAAUCCAUUAAUUAACGUCUUUUUGAGUGUAUUUGUUAGAAACAAAUCCAUCAUUAAGACUU